AUGAUUGACAUCGAGACACGACUUGAAGGAAAUCCAAUUUAUAUGACCUUCGUGUAUGGUAACCCUGUAGUAAGAUACCGCGACCAGGUUUGGGAACGGUUGUCUCGCAUGGGUACUACACGGUCUGGUGCUUGGUUUAUGAUUGGAGAUUUCAACGAAAUUACAGGGAAUUCAUUUUCAUGGGUGGGCAAGCGACGAUCCGGGAAAGUAAAAUGCAAACUCGAUAGAGCAGUGGCGAACGAAGAAUGGCAUGCUUUAUUUUCUCACUCAGUUGUAGAAUUCCUACAAUUAUGGGGUUCGGAUCACAGGCCAGUCCUUGCUCGAAUUCAAACUAGGAUCCGAAAAUCUACAAAAAAUUUCCGGUUUGACAAGAGAUGGAUUGGAAGACCAGGUUUCAAGGAUGCAGUUACUUCGGGGUGGGGAUCUUUUGAAGAAAUUCCAACCAGGAAUUUUCAUCAAAAAAUUACCUCAUGCCGUAAGAAGAUUUGCCACUGGAAAAAGCAAAAUCCUACAAAUUCUGCUAUACUAAUAAAAGAAUUGAAGGCUAAAAUUGACUUAGCACAAGACGAGGAUUCCACCACGUCAGAGGAACUAGAGGCCCUGCAAAGACAGUUAUCCAUGGCCUUUAAAGAAGAAAAUACCUACUGGGAACAAAAAAGCAGGAAUCAAUGGCAUAAACAUGGUGACAGAAAUACAAAGUUUCAUCACUCUACUACCAAACAAAGGAGAGCCCAAAACCGGGUCAUUAGUAUCAAAGAUAAAAAUGGAAAGCUGGUGGAGAGCGAAAUCGAAGUUGAGAACGUAGCUGUUCAAUACUUUCGAGAUCUUUUCUCCACCUCUCUGCCAACACAGAUUGAUACUUCUCUUCGGUUUAUUUCCGAAAAGGUGUCUAGUGAUGACAACAGAUUUCUAUUAGAAGAACCCUCGGAAAAAGAAAUUAAAAAGGCUCUCUUUGACAUCAAUCCGGAUAAAGCACCAGGACCCGAUGGCAUGACUAGCAAACUCUUUCAGAAGUUUUGGCGAGAGAUGCGGCAAGACAUUAUCCGUCUUGUCCGGGAUUUCUUUGCCACAGGGAGUUUUGACCCUUUGAUAAAUCAGACAAACAUUUGCCUCAUCCCAAAAAAAAAGAAACCUCGCGACAUGACAGAAUUCCGACCUAUCAGCCUUUGCAAUGUCAGCUAUAAAAUUAUUUCCAAGCUUCUUUGCAAGAGACUCAAGAGGGUUACCCCGAAUCUGAUUUCGGAGACACAAUCAGCCUUUGUGGCAAAGCGUUUGAUCACUGAUAAUAUUCUGAUAGCACAAGAAAACUUCCACGCCUUACGAACGAACCAAAGGUGCCGUGAAGAUUUUAUGGCAAUAAAAACAGACAUGAGCAAAGCUUAUGAUCGAGUGGAAUGGAGCUUCCUUGCCUCUUUAAUGAUAAAGAUGGGCUUUGAUGAAAGAUUGGUUGAUCUCAUUAUGUGUUGUGUCACAUCGGUCUCAUAUCAAGUCUUAAUCAACGGCCAACCGAAAGGAAGGAUUCUACCUAGGAGAGGUCUAAGACAAGGAGACCCUCUCUCCCCGUUCUUGUUUAUCAUGUGUACGGAAGCCUUGAUCUCACUUUUGAAUGGAGCGGAAGCGGAAAAUAAAUUAACGGGACUGCGUGUUUCCCAUGCAAGCCCAAGGAUAUCUCACCUUCUAUUUGCGGAUGACAGUCUCUUCUUUUGCAAGGCAGAGACGAGCCAAUGCAAAGAGAUUAUAGACAAUCUUGAAAUUUAUGGGAAUGCAUCAGGACAACGACUGAAUGUGGCGAAAUCUUCGAUGUUUUUUGGGAACCGAGUGGAGCCCUCUCGGAAGCAAGAAAUAAAAAAUGUUCUAGGCUUCUCGACCGAAGGGGGUAUGGGGAUGUACCUUGGCUUACCAGAACAUAUCGGAGGUUCGAAGAUGAAGGUUUUCUCCUUUGUACAAGACCGGUUCAAUGGACGGUGUUACUUGCUUCCACAAGGCAUUACCGACAAACUGAAGAGUACUACGUCAAAUUUCUGGUGGAGCUCCAAUCAGAACAGCAGAGGACUACAUUGGAUUGCAUGGGACGAGAUCUGUACCCCCAAAGAUUCGGGGGGACUAGGUUUUCGCGAUUUCCAUGACUUCAACUUAGCGCUUCUUGCGAAACAAUUAUGGAGACUGAUCCACUACCCAAAUUCGUUGAUAGCAAGGGUUUUAAAAGGGAGAUACUACAGACAUACCUCCCCACUUGAUGAGCACCAGACUUACUCACCAUCUUAUGGAUGGCGUAGUAUCAUGGCUGCAAGACCCCUUCUCACUUUGGGCCUACGAAGGACGAUCGGCACGGGUGGUGACACCAGGGCUUGGACUGAUCCUUGGGUCCCAGAUAUAGUUGCACGAGCACCUAGACCUGCUGAUCAUAUUGUUUACAGACUGCCCCAGCUUCCUGUUCAUGCCUUUAUUAGGAAUGAUACCAAGGAGUGGAAUGCACAGCUUUUAAAGGAAUUUUUCCACCAAGAUGACAUACCUCUGAUACUUGGUUUGAAACUUUCACACUCGGAUACCCCCGAUGGGUAUAUAUGGAAUCAUACGAAAUCCGGUGUUUAUUCUGUUAAAACCGGAUAUGAUCUUUUGAGUUCAGAAAAACUAAACCUUACACGAGGAGGAGCUACAGAACCGAGUCUAACGGGCUUUCAGAGCCAUGUAUGGAAGAUUAAGGCUCCAAAUAAAAUCAAGCAUUUCUUGUGGCAAGCGAUCUCCGGCUGUGUGGCUACGGCGGAAAGACUCACUUAUAGACACCUGGGCACCGAUAGGAGUUGUCCUAGAUGUGCUGGCCCAGUGGAGUCAAUUAAUCAUCUUCUUUUUGAGUGCCCUCCCGCCCUUCAAGUUUGGGCUUUGUCGGACUAUCCGUCCCUUCCGGGUUACUUCCCGAGUACAUCUAUCUACCAAAACUUAAACUUCCUUUUUUGGAAGCGAAAAGAGGUGGCUCCGUCGAGACCACAAGUCGAUACCUUCCCAUGGAUCUGCUGGUACAUUUGGAAGGCCAGAAACGAUAAGGUUUUUAAUGGAAAGGAUGUCUCUCCUGUGGAUACCCUUCGGUAUGCUAUUGUAGAGGCAGACUGUUGGAAGAAAGCCAACGAGGAGAAAGAUGAGGACGACGACUAUGCUGAUCCGAUAUCCCCGGAUACUGAGACGGUGCCUCCUUGGAUACCCCGAAUCCCUGUCUGCCAAAUUGAUGCCUCAUGGAUCAACAAUGGCAGGGUCAGUGGCUUAGGAUGGUGUUUUAAGGAUGGAAUGGACAGAGAACAUUUUGGGUUACGUGCUUGUCAUAGGAGUCUUUCGGCUCUCCAUGCGGAGAUGGAAGGAUUACUAUGGGCGGCCACCUGCCUGCGAGACAUGAGGAUGAGAUCCGUACGGUUUGAAACGGAUUGUAGGGACCUCGUGGAGAUGAUGGCCAACCCGACGGACUGGCCAGCCUUCGCGACUAACAUAGAGGAAUUCCAAAGACUCCAGGGAGACUUUGAGGAUGUGAGUAUCUCUCAUAUUCCGAGAAGUCGGAACGAGCGAGCGGAUGCUCUAGCCAAGAGUGCACGGUCCAGAGGAUACCUCUUUUCCCACAUAGAUCAGACCCAGACAGAUGGAGAUACUCCUAGGAGGAUCGGCUCGUCUGCUCUCCAAUUGAUCUAG